UCUUAUUUUAGAUUACACGUAACAAAAUGAAUAAAACAGAGAAAAAAGGUGAUUUUACUGUUGACGAGGAAUAUGUGAGGGAAAAAGAGAAAGCCUUGGACGAUAGUGAAUCGUCUUCUGCUGGAAGUAGUCAAAGUAGCCUUGAGAGCGGGGAUGAAAAUGUCGGUCGAGGAAACUGGUCAGGUAGACUGGACUUCCUUUUGUCCUGUGUGGGGUUUGCUGUGGGACUUGGAAACAUUUGGAGGUUUCCUUACCUGUGUUACCAAAGUGGAGGAGGUGCAUUUUUGAUCCCAUAUGUGAUUUUCUUGAUUUUAUGUGGAAUUCCUUUGUUCUUCCUGGAGAUCAGCUAUGGUCAGUUUGCCAGCUUGAGCCCUAUUACCGUGUGGAAAAUUUCCCCAUUAUUUAAAGGUGUGGGCUAUGGUAUGGUCAUUAUCUCGGGCAUUGUUUGUGUUUACUACAACAUCAUCAUAACCUGGACGAUAUAUUUCCUCUACCACUCCUUCAAGGCUGUUUUGCCAUGGAGUACAUGCGAUAAUAAAUGGAACACCGACAACUGUUAUAUCCGGGGUGAAAGUAUUUUGCCCAAUGCGACUAUGAAUGGGACACUUGAUGGAUACAAUGCGACUGACGUAAACAUCACAGACUUUGACAUAAUAAAGAAUACCUCGCUAUCAGAUCACAAGGUCACAGCUAGUGAGGAGUUUUGGCAGAAUGAAGUGUUACAAAUCACAAAAGGAAUUGAGGACUUGGGCACUAUUCGCUGGGAACUCCUCAUCUGUCUAGCCCUGGCUUGGAUUGUCGUGUUUCUGUGUUUGUGCAAGGGAGUUAAGUCCUCUGGAAGGGUGGUUUACGUUACGGCUACAUUCCCCUAUCUAGUUCUAAUAAUUCUCUUUAUCCGUGGGGUAACUUUGCCUGGUGCUGGAGCUGGAAUAUACUUUUAUCUGGUUCCAGAAUGGGAAAAAUUGGCAACCUUCAAGGUAUGGGGAGAUGCUGCAGUCCAGAUUUUCUACUCAGUUGGAAUGGCCUGGGGAGGUCUUAUCACAAUGGCCAGUUUCAACAAAUUCAACAACAACUGUUACCGUGACGCCAUGAUUGUCCCCCUUAUUAACUGCGGCACCAGCGUGUUUGCUGGUUUGGUCAUUUUUUCUGUCCUGGGGUUCAUGUCUUACGAGACGGGUGUUGACAUCGAUAAAGUUGUAACCCAGGGGCCUGGUUUGACCUUUGUGGCCUACCCAGAAGCUGUGUCCAAACUCCCCAUCUCCCCUCUGUGGGCUGUCCUGUUUUUUCUGAUGUUAUUCACCAUUGGUUUGGACAGUCAGUUUGGAAUGUUUGAAACCAUGACAAGUGCCUUUGUUGAUGAGUUCCCACAUCUGUUGAAGAACAGGAAAGUUCUCUUCACAGCUUUCUUCUGCUUCAUCGAAUUCCUUCUGGGUAUCCCAUGCAUCAUGGAGGGAGGAAUCUAUGUGCUUCAGAUCAUGGACUGGUACUGUGCCACAUUCUCUCUGAUGUUGCUCUCACUAACUGAAUGUGUUGUCAUUGCCUGGAUCUAUGGUGCUGACAGAUUCUACAAGGAUAUUGAACUCAUGAUUGGAUAUCAGCCUGGUAUCUGGUGGAAGAUUUGCUGGAAAUUCAUCACACCCCUAACUAUCACUUUUAUAUGGUUGUUCAGUGUGACCCAGUUAAGCCCGGUGACCUACGGAGAUUAUGAAUACCCAGAUGGAGCUAUUGUGUUUGGUUGGAUGCUUGGACUUGUCUCUCUGGUGCCUGUUCCAGUAUGUGCACUAAUCGCAAUUCUGGGAGAGAAAGGCAAUUUAUUUCAACGAAUCAAGAAGUUGGUCCAUCAUGCAGAUGAUUGGGGUCCAGCUGUAGAGAAACACCGAGUCAAAUAUCUACAGUCAUUACAGGACUCUCAAGAAUCCCUGGACUCUGUUGUGUGUACACCUCUUGUAGAAACCAAACACCUCACAACAAAUCCUCGGUCUUGAAGAAGUUUGACCUUAGGACAUUUUGUAGGAUUUGUUGAAGAGUAGUUUUUGUGUGAUAAGUGAGUAGACACAGGUGAAGUCUGGGUGAGAUGGACACCGAGUUCCAGACAGUAAAUGCAUUGUCGAUCAAGAAUCCAGAUAUAAUGCACAAAAGAUAGCAGGGACCAAAAUGUGACACCUGAAUACAGUCUAAGGAUUGUUGCAGAAUAUGUGAUUAGACCUCGAAGAUUGAAACUACAAAUCUGGCCAAGAAAAGCAAUGUCAUGAUGCUUUGUAAAGAUCAGUCUUGGUUUCAUUAAAAGUUUUAUUUUAUUUUAAAACAAAGCGGAAUUCUCUUAAGAAAUUACUAGGUUAAUGAUACUUAAUUCAUUGCAAUGUUUAACAAAGAGAGAGUUUGAAAAUUGGUAAAUUAAAAAAAAAAAAAAAAUGAAGGUAUAGGUAGAAUACAGUUUGAUGCUUGAAUUCUGCAAUGAAUGCUUAACUUGCCAAAUUCUCAAAUUUUUGAACUUCAGCAAAGAUAUAAUGAUUUUAUGAGAUAUAAUCAUUUUAUGGAGAGAUUUUAAUUGUCUACAACCAAUUUUGUUUUAUAUGUUGAGAUUUUCUUUUAAAUCAUUUGAAGAUUUCUUUUGCUUUUCGUUUGGAUGAAAGAUAUUUUUAAUGGUUCAAUUUCUGUUGGUGUUUCUCUGAAAUCAUCACAGUGUUAUGGUUCAAUAUCAGGUCUCUCUAGUCCUUUUUAUUGAAAUAUAAUUAUGUGGAAAUAUAUUUUUAUAAAAUCAUGAAUUUGACAAUGUAACAAUUAUAUUUGGCCCUUUUGUUUAUUGUACUUUUAAAUAUUAAUUUAUUUUUUGCU